ACUGAUGUCUUGGUGUUGAGCUGCGAUCUGAUCACAGAUGUUGAUUUAUAUAAAGUUGUGGAUCUCUUUCGGACACACGAUGCUACUCUCUCCAUGUUGAUGAAGAAAACUCAUGAACCCACAGAAGCAGUACCGGGACAGAAAGGGAAAAAAAAGCCAGUGGAACAGCGCGACUUCAUUGGACUGGAUGACACAGGAAAAAGAUUGCUCUUCAUGGCUAACGAAGCUGACUUGGAUGAAGAACUUGUCAUUAAAAGAUCCAUCCUUCAGAAGCACCCCAGAAUGCACAUCAGAACAGGGCUGAUGGAUGCCCAUCUCUACUGUCUGAAGAAAUACGUGGUAGACUUCCUUGUAGAAAACAGGACAAUCACAUCUCUUCGGAGUGAGCUUAUUCCACAUCUGGUUAGGAGACAGUUCUCUUCUCCUGCAUCAUUGCAGCAAGGACUAGACAACAAAGAAGUGGACCAAAAGAAAAAAGAACAAGCAUCUGUAGACAUUUAUAGUUUCAUAAAGGAAGAUAAUAGCUUGCUGAAACCUGCUCCAGAUAACUCUUGUUGGAAUGAUCACAGAGGAGAUAUGAAUGAAACUCUCCACGAAGGAAAAGUGCGCUGCUACGUCCAUAUAAUGAAAGAGGGGCUGUGCUACCGAGUGAAUACUCUUGGGUUGUAUAUUGAAGCUAACCGACAGGUUCCUAAGCUAUUGCUCAAUCUGGGUCUGGAAGAGCCACUCGUUCAUGGGUCUGCACAGAUCACCGACAGAGGCAUGGUUGGAUCAGACAGCAUCAUUGGGUCAUGCACGCAAGUGGGGGAGAAGACAUCCAUUAAGCACUCCAUCAUUGGCAGCAUGUGUACCAUAAAAGACAAAGUUAAGAUAACAAACUGCAUCAUCAUGAAUUCUGUUACAAUUGAGGAAGGGUGCUGUCUUCAGGGCAGUGUUAUUUGUCAUAACGCUGUGAUAGAGAAGGGUGCAGACAUCAAAGACUGUUUGAUUGGAAGUGAUCAGAGGCUGGAAACCAAAGGUAAGUAGAGGAGCUAUAUUUACAGUGCAUUUAUAACAAUUUUCGUCAUUUCUUUCUUAUAAUUUUUACUUCUGAUUCUUCAUGGAGUGCCAGUAAGCGGUGGCAGUUCUGCAGUGUGGUGUCCUAUAAUAUGAGGAUUUGUUUUUCAGGCAAAGUACAGCUUC